CAAUGCUGGAGGAAGGGAUUGGCUUGUGUGAUCCGUGAGCUUGGAACGAUGAAAUGCCAGGUCUGCUCUGCCUCUGGGGACAACCAGGCUGCCUUACAAUAAUGGGAACCAACGCUCGCUCGGCUCGGGGGCAAUAAUAUCCAAUUCAGCAUCAGGAACACAAAGGGCUCCACCUUUUUCCUUCUUCCAUCUGCUGCUCUGGUGUGGUCUGUCUGCUCUGUGGUCUCCCUUCAUGUGGAGAAAGAGGCUGCUGGUGGGCUCUGUCACUCCCCUGUCCUCAUCCUCCACCCUCUCUGGAACAGGUUGAUCUUUUACUGCUUCUGUCUAUUUUUUGCGCCAAAGAGCUGCUUUUUGGAUUCUCACUCCUCCAUGUACGAUAACUUGUACCAACAUGGAUUUGAAGACUCUGAGGCGGGCUCAGCUGAUUCCUACACAAGCCGACCGUCUGACUCAGACGUGUCCCUGGAGGAGGAGAAGGAGGGCGGCCGGCAGGAGAGGGAGCAGCAGGCCACUGUCCAGCUUGAGAGGGCGAAGACUAAAGCGGUGGCCUUUGCAGUGAGGACCAACGUGAGCUACUGUGGUGCUCUGGAUGAAGAAGUCCCCGUGGCCGGCACCGCCGUCUCCUUCGACGCCAAAGACUUCCUGCACAUCAAAGAGAAGUACAACAAUGACUGGUGGAUCGGCCGGCUGGUGAAAGAAGGCUCUGACAUCGGCUUCAUCCCGAGUCCUCUGAAGCUGGAAAACAUCCGACUUCAGCAGGAACAGAAGAGAGGACGCUUCCAUGGCAGUAAGUCCAGCGGGAAUUCUUCCUCAAGUCUGGGAGAAAUGGUGUCGGGCACAUUCAAGCCGAACCCCAACUCUGCAGGCAAGCAGAAACAGAAAGUGGCGGAGCACAUCCCUCCGUAUGACGUGGUUCCCUCCAUGAGGCCGGUUGUCCUGGUGGGACCGUCCCUGAAAGGUUACGAGGUGACAGAUAUGAUGCAGAAGGCCUUGUUUGACUUCCUGAAGCAUAGGUUUGACGGGAGGAUAUCCAUCACAAGGGUAACAGCUGACAUAUCGUUGGCCAAGAGGUCAGUACUAAACAACCCCAGUAAGAGGGCCAUCAUUGAGAGAUCCAACACCCGCUCCAGCCUGGCGGAGGUCCAGAGUGAAAUAGAAAGGAUCUUUGAGCUGGCCAGGUCUCUACAGCUGGUAGUGUUGGAUGCAGACACCAUUAACCAUCCAGCACAGCUCAUCAAGACCUCAUUAGCACCCAUCAUCGUCCACGUUAAAGUGUCCUCGCCUAAGGUCCUCCAGCGGCUAAUCAAAUCAAGAGGAAAAUCUCAAAGCAAACACUUGAAUGUGCAGCUUGUUGCCGCGGAAAAACUUGCACAGUGUCCUUCUGAAAUGUUUGAUAUUAUUCUGGAUGAGAACCAGCUGGAAGAUGCGUGUGAACACCUGGCAGAGUACCUGGAGGCAUACUGGCGUGCUGCGCACACUUCGCUAAGCACACCACUCAACCCCCUGCUGGGGCGCAAUCUGGGUUCCACUGCUCUCUCCCCGUACCCUGCUGUCAUUCAGGCCCAAAGAAACCGCAACAGCAACCACACAACUACAGACCUUUCGCCCGUCGAGCGCCGCGGCCUGAUGCCUGCCGAUGAGAACUACCACAACGAACGGGCGCGCAAAAACCGCAACCGCCUGUCCUCGGGCUCCCAGCACAGCCGGGACCACUCGCCUCUGGUGGAGGAGGACUACCAGGACCCCUACCAGGAUUCUUACAAGCCUCAUCGUAACCGAGAAUCCCCCGGAGGCUACAGCCAGGACUCCAGGCACCGGCAUUGAGCUGUAAACAAAGUGUAGGCUUGUCUCUCUCUAACUCACCACCAUGGACAUACGAGUUAAGGCAGAUUUGCUUAUAACGUGAUGAAACUGCGACACUCAUUUGGACCGUAACAACCUUGUGUCGAUGUGUAGUACCUCAUUUUCCCUUCGGCCUUGGCUCCUGCCAAAUGAAAAAUUAAGAAUCCUGCUUUGAUGUGAACAAGGGAAGGGACUGGAUGUGAAAGUAGCACAAGAGCAAGUUAUGUUUUAAACAGAAGGAUGAAGCUGGACCUGAUCUGAAUAUGCCCCAGAUGUGGCGUGUGAGGGAAGCACACGAGCAGGUGAUAGUGAGCCACUUAGGCUCUUCUGUACCCUCCCCGCCAUAGUAGCAUGCAGGUAGGACUGGUUACAGGUCACUACUCGACUCGAGCCAGUGCCACACAGCACCAGUGGUGAUGAUCAGAUGUUUGCACGCGUCCAGGAGCAGGUAGAAGAUAUUAAAGAUCUUUAACGCUCCUCAACUUUGUUUGCCACUGUCCCCGAUGUGAGUGUUUAUAAAUCCCGUGGAAGCCUGUUCCCUAAAUCCAGAGUUUUACACAUUUGUUUUUGAAGUGACUUGGAUGUUGUUGUGGUGUUCUCUUCAGGGUUCAUACAGUAGCUCCCUGUUUCCUUCUCUUUGUUAUUUCUGAAUGCCAUUUCUGUCAUUAACCAUAUCAAGAUGGAAAUAUAAAAGUACAUUUUAGAGCUCCAAACCUCAGGAAGGAGAGGUCACUUAGACCGAGUGCUGACAGAUGUAGCGUUUAUCACCCAUCUGAUGGGGAUUUGAUUCUGAGUGUUAGAUUGCAUUGUGAAGAGAUUUGUAUGUUUCAAAAAGAGUUAUUAAUAUAAGUAAGGAACUCUUCCAGGAGUAGAAGUCACUGGAGCGGUCAUGACAGCAUGUUGUUCAUGUUCUGCUGUUGUCUGUCAUGUGUUUGGCAGGACUUCAUUUUGAAUAGGUAGAAUUGGAUAUUAGCGAGUGACUUAUAUUGAGGGCUUCCAUUAUGUAAAUACCGUUAAAAUAAUUGAACAGAAACGUUAAUUUAUUAACUUUCAGCACAUUCAGUUACAUUCCAUUCAUUUCUUCCUUGGCAGCCUUGCAUACACCUUCCAACAUCUGAUUAAAAAAAGGUAUAUUUAUUACUUUAUUAUAGAUUUAAUGAAAUAAAUGAACAUUGAAGCAUUUUCAUUGAGUAGCAAUUUGACUGACAUCCAUGUCCAUAAUUAAAGACUUGUCAUUGUAUUCAAUUUGAGUUUCAUUAAAGACUGAGUGAGGAACUAUAUGUCUUUUAAAUGCUACUUUCAUGGAAAUGUGCAGCAGUUCCCCCGUAUUGUUUCCAAUCAGAUGACUGCUCUUUUAUGCUGCCAGCUAAUACAUGAUUAAAAUAUUUCUUUUAAUAACAUAUCCAUGUAUCUUGUAAUUUAAUAUUUGUUAAAUAUCUCGAGUUCAGUUUGUUUUCCAGUUCACAGGUCAGAGAUCUCAAUGCUAGUCAGUGAGUCUGGAAAAGGAAGCUCGACACGGAGACUUCUGUUCUUAUCUGCCAUAUACAGUAGCUUUUAUUAUUGUUGUUUCGAGACUCUGAGGCGACCAUUUAAAAGAGUUGAAAACUGCCUGUGAGAGAAUGAUGCAUUGAUUAGAACAUGUGUGUGCACUGUCAUUUUACAAUUGUAAUGAAAUAAACUGCCCUUAUGCUGUUG